GCCGCCAUCUCCCUGAAAAGUGAAAACCCUUCAGUUUGCUGCGGUCACGUCGUCGGUCGGUGGAAGAAGAAGAAGGGAAGGGAGCGAUGGUUUCGUUGAAGCUCCAGAAGCGGCUUUCUGCCAGCGUGCUCAAGUGCGGCAAGGGAAAGAUAUGGCUCGAUCCCAAUGAAGCCAACGAGAUCUCCAUGGCCAACUCCAGGCAGAAUAUCAGGAAGCUGGUGAAGGAUGGUUUCAUCAUUAGGAAGCCAACGAAGAUCCACUCGAGGUCUCGUGCAAGGAGGAUGAAGGAGGCGAAGAGAAAGGGUCGUCAUUCCGGAUAUGGUAAGAGAAAGGGUACCCGUGAGGCAAGGCUGCCAACCAAGAUUCUGUGGAUGAGGAGGAUGCGGGUACUGAGACGGCUUCUGAGGAAGUACCGCGAGGCCAAGAAGAUCGACAAGCACAUGUAUCACGACAUGUACCAGAAGGUGAAGGGUAAUGUGUUCAAGAACAAGCGUGUGCUGAUGGAGAGCAUCCACAAGUCGAAGGCAGAGAAGGCUAGGGAGAAGACGUUGUCUGAUCAGUUUGAGGCUAAGCGUGCGAAGAACAAGGCCAGCAGGGAGAGGAAGCUUGCCAGAAGGGAAGAGCGCUUGGCACAAGUAAGUUGAUGGUUUUUUUCUUCUUCCAUUGAUUGGUUCUUUACCUGUCACUUGCGACUGAAUGAUCAUAUUGUGAUUUGUUUGUGUACUUUCAGGGACCUGGUGUGAAGGCCGAACCAACACCUGCACCUCAAACGACCGAGGGAGGAGGCAAGAAAGCCAAGAAGUGAAAAUUUUCUGUUUGGGAGACCAAUAGCUAGCUGACUCUAUGUCAAUGUCUUUUGCUGGUUAGGAGUCUGUUUUUCUAAAAUGAAUCGUCCUAUGUUUUUUUGGUGAAUUAUCUCCCUUCCAACUCUAUUAGAGUAUGAAAUUUUGGUAACUUAUGGACGGUGAUAUCUUUCCUCUCCAGUGGAAUGUGAUAUGUUCAAUGGCUUGUUAUCUGGAUUUGAUCUUUCAUGUGAGUUAUCGGUGGAUUGCUCGAGGCGGAUUAUGAUAGCGAAAGUCGUUGUAUGUGUGAAUGGAGAUUGCUUGUGUCUAUCCCUUUGGCAUCAAGGUUGCGUUUGGUUCAAUCAGACUAGAAAUUUGUGAUAAUGUUGAUUUGUUUAUUGUAACCGUGCUUAGGUUGUAUUGUUAAGUAGCUUCGAUUGGUCAGUUGCUUGCAUUUGCUAUUUGCAAGAUUACUCGUCUACUUCCAGACGAUCAUAAUGAAUAAAAUUAUCAGUGCAAUGACUUAGUAAUCUUGGCAUUGAUAGUUUGCUUUUAAAGUUGUGAAAGUGGAGUCUUUGCAUGAAUAAAAUUAUUUGUUGUC